GUGCCGGAGAAGUCACCGAUGGACUGUAAGCAUUUAGCCGAGAGCGGCGAGAUCUCCAGCCCGGGCUCAGAGCCCGACUCCCUGGUGCCUUCGGCCGGCAGCAAUCCCUGCCUGCCCUUGUCGGCCGGGCCGCGGGCUGGAGCCGCUCCGGGCCGCCCCGCCGCCGCCAACGCCGCCCGGGAGCGCAGCCGGGUGCAGACCCUGCGCCACGCCUUCCUCGAGCUGCAGAAGACUCUGCCCUCCGUGCCGCCCGACACCAAGCUCUCCAAGCUGGACGUGCUCCUCCUGGCCACCACCUACAUCGCACACCUCACCCGCAGCCUGCAGGAUGAGGAAGAGCCACCGGCAGAGGGCUUGGGCACCCUCCGUGGGGAUGGAUACUUGCACCCUGUCAAGAAGUGGCCCAUGCGUUCCAGGUUGUACAUUGGAGCCACGGGACAGUUUCUGACCCACUCRGCACAAGGAGACAGCGCAAACCAUGGGGAAACAUCAACAUCUUCACAGAUCUAA